AUGUGGACGCUCUUCAGAAGUACUCCAAAGUUUGCACUUUCUGGUUGUAAAAAACAGUUUUCAAUAAUUCCUCCAGUUCAGCUUAGAAGAAUGUACAGCCACCAACACCCAUCUUUGGCUGACGUUGUGGAGCGACUUCAGAAUUUUGCUCCGGAAAAAUUGGCAGAGCCCUGGGACAAUGUGGGGUUGAUUAUUGAACCAGCUACCCCAAUACCCAUUUCCAGGAUUCUUUUGACAAUCGACCUGACUGAGAAUGUUUUCGAGGAAGCCGUGAACACCAAGAGCAACCUCGUAAUCUCGUAUCAUCCACCAAUUUUUGAAGGUUUGAAGAAGAUCACUCAGGACAACUGGAAGGGAAGGAUUGUGGCAAAAUGCCUGGAGAAGGGAAUUGCCGUUUACUCCCCUCACACGGCAUGGGAUAGUGUCCGUGGAGGUGUCAACGAUUGGUUUGGAUCAUUCUUGAGCAACGGCUACGAUGAGGGAAAGCCGAUUAUCCCAAAUGCUGAAUUUCCUCAUUGUGGAGCUGGGAGGCUGUAUGAGUCUCGCACACCAGAUAGUGGCAUGACCCUCGAGCAGAUCAUCAUGGAGCUGAAGGAGCACAUUAUCAUACCAGAUGAGCACAUUCCAGCCGCUCUAGUGCAUCCUUUGAAUCAGAAGAUCAAAUCAAUUGCUCUGUGUGCUGGUUCCGGAGCGAGUGUGCUGAAGAAUCAAAAGGCCGAAGUCUACAUAACGGGAGAGAUGUCUCAUCAUGCUAUCCUGGAUGCCAAUCAUAGCGGAACAAGCGUCAUUCUAACGCAUCACACCAACUCGGAGAGAAAUUUUCUGCAUGAUGCGGUGAAAAUCUUGUCAGACAGACUCAUGGGUAUCUCCGUCAUGUCUACCGCUUCUACUGAUCAUGAUCCCCUCAAAUUGGAUUCAUUUUAUACAGAACAUACAGAAUGAUUUACGAUUAAAAAAUAAAUUUAUUUCGAAGGAAAAUCACAUAUAAAAAAACAA